AUGUUAGAAGGCGAUAAUUUUACAGAAUUUACAGAAAGUAUAUUACAAAAAUGUUCUUGCUCUUUUACUCACCAUUAUUCAUCAUCUAUUGAAGGAACUUUUAUAUGUGAAGAAGAUAAGAAAGUUAGCGAUAUUUUAAGUGUUGUAACAAGUGAUACUGACUAUAAAAAAUUAUCAAUAUUAUCAACUAAAUUUAAUACUUUUAAUUAUAAUGUACCUAAACGAAAAAUAAUUUUAACAAAAAAAGAUGAAAAAUUUUUAAAACAAUUAAAAUAUUUAAAAAAAAAUAGUAAAUGUUCGUGUAAAGAAAUUAAAAAUAAUUUUAUUAAUAAUAAUUCUAUAAAUCUUGGUUGUGUAAAUGGAAAACAUAUUUUAGAAAAUAUUAAAAAAAGUAUACAAAUGAAAGUUAAAAAAUAUUUUGAUAGUGAUAUGUUAUGUCAAAAGGUAUGGAAAUCUCCACCAAACAAAUAUUAUCUGGUAAAAAAUUUAGAUAAUUAUCAUGAUAAUUCAAAUACCACAAAUAGUUUUUUAAAAAAUACAUCAUAUAAAAUGAUUCCAGAACAUUACCCAGAAUGUUCUUUUUCUUAUAUUAAACAUUUUUUAAUUUCUACUUCUAAAAAUGAUGUAAUUGCUGGAAGUUAUGUUUUAAUGAAUUCUAAUCCUAAGUAUACGAUAAUAUAUUCACAUACAGAAGAUACUAAUUUAUAUCAUCAUACAAAUAUUUUUCCACAUAUUCAAAAUGUAGCAGAAUUUUUAAAUGUAAAUUUUGUUACUUAUGAUUAUAGUGGUUAUGGCAUGACUUCUGGUACACCAUCUAUUGAGAAUUUACAAAAUAAUUUAAAAACAAUAAUAAAUUAUGUAAAUACUCAACUUGGAAUAGAAAAAGAUAAAAUAAUUUUAUGGGGUUCAUCAUUAGGUGGAACUUUGUCAGCUAAUAUAACAGUUAGUGAAACAGAUAUUAGUGGUUUAAUUUUAUUUGAAACACCAAAUACAAUGUUAGAACAUCUUUGUUAUAAAGAUAAAUUUUACAAUAAUCAAAAAUAUAAAAAGUAUUCUAAAUAUAAGAAAGACUUUAAUACUUGUGAAGCUGUAUCAAAAAUAAAUGUUCCUAUUUUAAUUGUAAGAAAUCAACUUGCCACAAAUGUUUCGUAUUCAACAUCCUUUGAAAUUUAUAAAGCUGCAGCAAAUGUUUCUUUUUGUCAUACUGUGUUUAGUAAAAAAAAUACAAAUUUCCUUCAUAACAGUGAAGCAUUAUUAAGAGUCAAAGGAUUCUUAGAAUACGAUAUUAAUUUAAAAAAUAUAAGCAACACAUUAAAUCAAUAA